UCCCACCCACCACACUCUGCCUCUCUUAUCCCUAAAAAAACUCUCUCGCCAGUCCACCCCACCCCGACUCCUCUCCCCACGAUCUCCUUGCCGCCGCCACCACCCUCCAGCUCCCAGCAACUAGUUUCACUUCCAACCCCUCAACCAACCAUCCUCUCGAUCGUAGCUCUCCGCGGCGGCGAUGGCGGUGGAUCUGACCCCGAGGCAGCCGGCCAAGGCGUACGGCGGCGAGGGCGGUGCCUACUACGAGUGGAGCCCGGCCGAGCUGCCCAUGCUCGGCGUCGCCUCCAUCGGCGCCGCCAAGCUCGCGCUCGCCGCCGGCGGCAUGUCGCUCCCCAGCUACUUCGAAUCGGCCAAGGUCGCAUACGUCCUCCAGCGUGUCCCUAAAACAAAUGGAGAAAUUCCUUCUUUUGAUGAAGCCUUUUCAGAUCAUCGAAGACUUCUCGACAAGUUGGUGUUGUAUGGCCUGGUUGAGCUCACGGUUAACGGAGACGACAAUUGUCAGUUUUGGGCAUUGUCUGAUCAAUUUUACCGAACUCCUGAACACCGUAGAUUUGUGCGACAACAGGUGGUCAAUCAGGGUUUUGGUGGCGAUGCCGACGGUCGUCGAGAGGUUCAUGGACUGGGCGGUGUUGUGGAUGCCGAUGUACGGAGAGGCGAAGCUGCUGCUUGCCAUCUACCUCUGGCACCCCAGCACACGGGGUGCGGGGCACGUGUACGAUGGCUUCCUCCGUCCGCUGGUGGCGUGGCACGAGGACGACAUCGACCGGGGCCUGCUUGACCUAAGGGCUAGGGCGAGGGACGUGACGGCGUCACAACUCAAGGCGGCGACUGCCAUCGGUCAAGUGUGGCUCAUCGAGGCUGCUCGCUGUGUUUCGUCGCAGCUGCAGGCCGCGAGAUCAGGUCGGGAAGGCGCCGCGCAUUGACGAGUGAGCCAAUUUUCGGAUUGGACCAUAACAACGUGUUUCGGUCUCCGACGUCUAGAAGUAGUGGUAAAGUUUUGAAUUUGCAUGGCAAGAACCACUUACGUAGGUAGCUGACACGCACGACAGUGUGUUUACACUCUUACUUAUGUAAAAGAUAUGAAUUAUACAUGAGUUGCCUCCACAAUGAGGAAUUGCGAUAGUAGAUAUGGCAAUUAUGUGAUAGAA